AUGAAUAAACAAAAUAAUCAUGAAAUAUCAUCGAUUAAUCAAUUACAAUCAAAUUUAAAACAACAACAAAUCGAAGAAGAGAAAGAAGAAGAAGAAGAAGAAGAAGAAGGACACGAUGAUGAGGACGACGACGAUGACGACGACGACGAGAACGAGAAUAAAAAAGAAAAAGAAUCCAAAGAAAAACAAGUACAAUCAAUACAAACAUGUAAAUUAUCACAAUCAAUUCAUUUAUCAAAUCAAAUUAAUCACAAUAAAAUCAAUAUUCAAUCAAAUUUAUCACAUCCACCUAAAUUAGGUAUGAAUUCAACACAAGAUUCUGGUUAUUUAUCUAUAGAUCCAUAUGAAACUUAUUCUAUUCAAUCAUCAGAGAUGAAUAAACAAGAAUCAUCUAUGAAUGUGAAUAAAUCAACAACAAUUUUAUAUAAACCUACAUUACAAUCAAUCAUUAUGAGAUCAAAUCAAAUGGAUUUAAAUCAAAGAUCAAAUCCAAGAUCUAAUAAAUGUAUUAUUCAAUCAUCGAAUUAUUAUUUUACAAAUGUAUCACCAAAAGCGAAAAAAUUAAAAAUUCAUAUAAAUCAUGAAGAUAUUCCACAAUUCAAUAAACGACAAAUAAUCAUAGCACAACGUAAAUUAUCACAAGUCCUAAACAAUCUCAUCGAUCAUAUAGGUAAUCCCUAUCAUACUGAAGUCUCUAAACAACUCAAAUCUCAUAUUCAUCCACAUUAUUGGAUACCAGAGAAUUAUACAGCUUAUUCAAAGAUGGAUAGUAAACAAUUCAAUAUACCACAACAUCAAUUAUCAUCAUUACAACCAAUCAAUAAAUCGAUUCAUUCAUAUCCAUUAGAUCAUACUGUUGAUGGAAUGGUACCAGAUGUUGAAUGUAUUAGUGAAAAAUCAGAAUUAAGUUCAACAACAAUUCAAUCAACACCUUAUGAUCAAUCAAUAAAUAUUGAUUCAACAAUGAAUGAAUCAGAUCCAAUUCAAAUAAGAGAAUCUCCUAUGGAUUUAAAGAAAUUAUAUUUAUUACGACAUAUAAAUCCAUUAGACAAUAAUCAAUGGGAUAAUACAAAUUCAUAUGAUGUUAAUCAAUAUCAAAUACCGACAGUUUACGCUACUGAUGACGGACAUGAUGAUGAUGAUGAUGAUGAUAAUGAUGAUGAUGUGAAUGAAAAUGUAGGUCCGGUUAUUAUUGAUCCUACUGAUGAUAUAGAUGAUGACGAUAAUGUUUAUGAAGGUCGUGCAACUUUAAAUAAACAGUCUAUAAUUCCAAGGGGUCAUCAUCACUCGUUGGAACGAUACGGAUCAUUGUUGCCAAAUCAAAGAUUACCUGAAGGUAAACGAAUUACAAUGAAUGAUCGUUCAACACAAUCUCAAACGAAAUUAUACACUAUACGCAAUUCUAAUUGCUAUCAGAAUUUACAUCAAAUACCUACCAGUAAAAUGUUAUCUUCACCUUCAUUUAUACAUAAUGAUCAUAUUUAUCAAACAGAUGAAGAUAUUCAUUCAAUGAAUUGCGGAAGAUUUACAUCAGUUGAAUAUAUAAAACCAUCACAAGGAAUUUCGUAUGGAAUACAAGAUUCCACAUAUAUAGAUCCCCGUGAAAUGAAUAGAAUAAAACAAACAAAUUUAGAUAAUCAUAAUCAAUAUAUAAUGAAUAGAACACUUACAGAUAAUAAACAAUUUCAACCAUCAUCAUCACCAUCAACCUCAUCAUUGACAUUAUCAUUGUCAUCGUCAUCCUCCGCCGCCUCCUCAUCAUCAUCCUCGUCAUCAUCAACAACAUCAACAUCAUCAUCAUUAUCUACACCAACAUUAUCUACAGUAUAUACAAAUUCUAUAUGUCCAAGUAAAUAUGUUUCUACACCAUUAACAAAUGCUAAUAUAUUAUGGAGUCAAGAAAUGAAUCCAUUUUCUUUAAGAAAUUCAAUGUAUACAAGAUCAUUAAAACAAUUUCCUAAACAAUUUAUACAAUCUACAUAUCCAAAUUAUAUAUCACAUAGUUUAACUAGUAAACAAUUUCAACAUAUUUAUCAUCCUCCUCGUCCUCCUCCUUCUCCUCCUCCUCCUCCUCCUCAUCAUCAUCAUCAUCAUCAUCAGCAGCAGCAGCAGCAACGACAACAGCAACAGGAACAACAACGACAGCAACAACCACAACAACAACAGCAACAGGAACAACAACGACAACAACAACUACUACUACUACAACAACGUCAAUCAUCAUAUCAACCAUUAUUUGUAUCAAAUUGUUCAUUAUCUCCAUUUAAUAUGAAUCAUAAUGUCAUGAAAUAUUCUACUAUUCCAUUAGAUAAAACAAUAUUCAUGAAAAGAAGAAGAAGAAGAUUGACUACUGAUAUAGGUGUCAAAAAUUUCAAUUUUACAAAUAGUAAUGAUACUACUAGUAAUAAUAAUAAUAAUACUAUGAAUAUUGUUUAUGGCACUACCGAUACUACUACUAAUACUACUGAUACUACUACUAAUAAUAAUGAGAAAUGGUUAUGUAAUACACUACAACUGAAUGAAAUCAAUCUAUCAUCAAUGAAAUCAAAUCAAUUAAGUAAUUUUCAUAUUAAAGAAGAUGGAUUAUUCAUGAAUAAACAUCGUCGUUGUAUAAGUUGGCCUCAUACAUUAUAUGAAUCUAUACCAAAGAUAUGCUACAAUGAAUAUAAACAUUCUAUGAUUACUACUAAUAGAAUUAAUAAUAGUAAUGAAUUAAAACAAAAAACAUUGGAAAGUUUACCGGUUACAUUGAAUUCAAAUAGAAAUAUAAUGGAUUCAUUCAUUUCAACAACGAAUACAUCCACUAAGUUAAAUGAGACUUAUUUUUCAUAUAAUAAUCCAUGGUACUCAUUAACUUUAAUGAAUACAGUCAUAUUAAUAUUAGUACUUAUUAUUUCAUUAAUCAAUUGGUUAUGGUAUGAAGAGAAACGAAGAAAAUCGAAUAUACCUUCUUGA